AUUUUGUAGAGCUCCAUCAACCACCAUGCGCUUCCGGCCGUGCAUCGACAUCCACGCCGGCGAGGUGAAGCAGAUCGUGGGCUCCACGCUCACGGACAGCGAGGGCGCCGCGCCCGUCACCAACUUUGUGGCUUCGCAGAGCGCCGGCGACUUCGCGCGCAUGUACCAGAAGGACGGACUGGUGGGAGGCCAUGUCAUCAUGCUCGGAGCCUCGGAAGCCAACACGAACGCGGCGCUGGAGGCGCUGCAGGCCUAUCCGGGAGGACUCCAAGUAGGCGGCGGCAUCAACGCCGACAACUGCCAGUUCUUCGUGGAGAAGGGCGCGAGCCACGUGAUCGUCACGUCCUACGUGUUCCGCGACGGCCAGAUCGACUUCGAGCGGCUGGAGAAGCUCAAGCAGCUCAUCGGCAAGGAGCACCUGGUGCUGGACCUGAGCUGCCGCAAGAAGGCGGAGGACAACAAGUUCUACGUCAUGACGGACCGCUGGCAGAAGUUCACCACCACGUCCAUUGACAAGGCUCUGUUCCACCGCCUGGCGGAGUACUGCGACGAGUUCCUGGUGCACGCGGUGGACGUUGAAGGCAAGCGCUGCGGCAUUCAGCAAGAGCUGGUGGAGCUGUUGGCGAAGUGGAGCCCCCUCCCCGUUACGUACGCUGGCGGUGCUAGCUCCUUGGAUGAUCUGGACUUCGUGGAGCGCAUCGGUAACGGCAAGGUGGAUCUCUCGAUCGGCAGCGCUCUGGACAUCUUCGGCGGCGACAUUCUGUACGAAGACGUCGUGGCUUGGGACAAGAAGCGUGCGGAGAAGUAAGGUCAAGCCUAGAGGUCUCUGCCGCGUCGUGUCAAGCGGAUGCACCGUUUCAAAACGCGCGUUCAUUUUGCAGUCUUC